AUGGGCCAGCAAACCUGCGGUUGUGGACCAUGCGAAAAGGAUGAAUGCGAAGCCGCAAGUCGAGUGGAAAAUGACGGUCGCUCAGGCUACGCCAUUGACAAGGCCGCGGAAGAGACCAUCUUUGAGCCUCCCAAUGCACCUCUGUCCCUUAAAGGCUCUCCAAAGGCUUGGGGGACGAGCCAGGCAGAAGCUUUGGCAACCGCCUUGGAGGAUUCCAAAGCGGCGCUAAGCAAAGCCUGGACCAAGUUCCGAGGCGAAUUUGGCGUGCAAGUGAGCAUAUGGGGCAGCCUCGCAAUUGGAGGACAACGAGGGAAGAGCUCCAAGGAGAAAAGCCGGGAGGCCGCCAAGAAGGCCAUCGAAGCCGCCUUGGCGCAAUUUGAAAGUGACCCAUUCGAGGCAGCCAACUCCCUCCAAGCAGCCAUAAAUGGCCCGGCCACGGGUGCUCUCAACAACGCGACGCUGGCUGCGGCUAAGCAGAUCCAGAUGAUCACGCUUCAAGCAGCAAGGAGAGAAGAGUUGACGUCUCUGAUGGGACAAAAGGACACUGCGGUGAAGAUGGCACCGCUGCACCUACAGCAGCUGAUCGACGAAUGCAGCCUUGACGUGAACCUGGAGUUGAGCGUGCGAGCAGCGCUGGAUGUUGUUGAGACUACUGACGCGUAG